CCGUAGCAAAGUCACUGACGUUGCACCAAAUCCUCCCCGCGUUUCACGAGCCCUUGACUUUCCAAAAUACCUUUUCAGGUGGUUUCUGCAGGAAAGAGAUGACUUGUUAGAGAAAAAAAUCUGUUGCCCGCUCAUGAUUUUAAGGAACAGGGAGAUGAAACCUGAGCUGCCUCCUGUUGCUGCAAGAAAACUGAAAUGAUAAAUGCGGCAUAUUUGUUUUUGAGUUUGUUGGGUACUAAAAAUUAACAAAGAGAGAAAAGAAAAAUAACAUUCAAACUGAUCUUCGUAAGAGCCAGGCCCAGACCCCGGUCUGCACAGGGCUCGCAACGCUCAGCAGAGCGUCUGGGAGGUUUCUAGGGGAGGCAAGUGUUGGCAGAAGAGGUAUUUCUGCUACCACCAAGAGAGACUAAAGCAUUGUUCUCUAACUCCCCGAAAGUUCAAAACACUAGGACUUUAACUUUCAUUUAGUUAAAAGUGUAUUUAACUAGCAUUUUAACUUGCCUUUAACUCGGUUUAAAAAAAUUGAGGCGUUCUCUGCCAGCGAAUCGCUGAGGGCGAUGCGAAUGCCUCGGCCAAGUGCUUGUCUGGGCUGCUUUGAACGGUGGCUCCAGCCCGUCCCGGAGCCCCCGUGUUGCUGCUCCCGGCUGUGCUUUCCCCAAGCCGGGGGCUCCAGUGCCCCGGAGGCAGCUCUGGCUGGGAGGACUGAGCAUCUGUGGGCAGUUCCUGGCUUCUCGCCACGCUCUCCAGCCCCUGCUUAGUCACCUGUAACUGUCCUCUGUGGCCUCCCUCCCACUCUCAUCUCCAUGUCCUUCCUUGAGGGACCCGCAAGGGGAUGUGGGGACUGAAAGAUGGAGGGUAGGAGAAGCACGGUGGGAGGCAGUGAGAUUGUGGCUUGGAUGUCUUAAUGCAACGGGAAGCUUGCCUGGUGUCCGGAGCUUCCUGAUGCCUCACCACAAAGCCCACACGUGUAGCCUUGGUGUCUCGUAGGUCCUACGGACCUUCAUGGUCUUUGCUUCCCUGCCAAACAUAGCUAUGAAACUGUUCCUUGUCCUGCCUGGGCUGGCACCAUGAAGAGGGAAAACGGGUCAGUGGACAGCGGCAUUGUUCACAUGAGGACGUCGACUUCAUUGCACUGGUGUUGCGCUGUGCUGCUGGAGGGCAGAGUUAAGGUGAUGCGGCUGCUGAUGCAUGGCAAGCCGAGAUUUUAUUGCAUUUGGAUGUUUUAGCUCUGAAAUUCUGAGAUUAGUUUUCAGCAUAGCAGUAACACGUGAAGACUGUAUUUUUUUUUUUACAUGCAGGUAAUUGAGACAUACUCUCUAACUUAAUGCUAUCUGCAUUUGAGUUAGAAAUAAGGUGCACAUUUUUGACGGUGUUAUUUGACUGUCAUUUCCAGUUUUAAACGGCUGAAUAAUGCUGUCAGAUUUGAGUCUGAGGACACACGCGCACAAUUGGUAGUAAGCACUUCGUUUGUGAUGAGAAAAAGGGUGCUGGGACUGUGAAGCAUCGCUGAUGAGCACAUAGAGUGGCAGCAAAAGUGUUCAGAUUAGUCACCCUGGCACAUCUACAGCGGGAGGAGCACAUGAAGGCGGAUGGAUUUGCCUUCACAGCAAAGAACAUAAGAACAUGGAAAAGGCUUCAAAAUGUGUUUUUAUUCACUAAAAGGAUGAGUUUCAUCCGGAGCCCAGCUCCCGGGGCAAGGAAAGCUGCUGUGCUGGCUGCCCCCUCUCUCCGAGCACUCCCGAGCCCAGUUGGUUGGGGACGAGAACCGACUUGGCUCCUCCACAAAGUCUCUUUUAUUAGUAGCCAUGUAAGUUGGCCUGCAGCCCCGCCACCUCCGGCUGCAGCCUUGUCAGCUCUCCCAAGCGAAGUGGGGUUAGGCCAGGUCAUCUGGGGGCUUGGGAGAGCCGCAGGGGAAAAGCCAGGUUGCGCCUGGAGCGGGGCUGCCGCCCGGCUAGUUAGUGCCUUUCUGCCCGUGAUGAUCGCAGGUUUUGGGCCUCACGGGCUGCUUUUUUUGCUGGACGUCAGAACUUGCAACAUCUGUACCUGCGAGCGCGUACGUGAGGAUGGCACAGGGCUCUUUGACCUGACAGAUGAAGGCGCGACAAAAUCCAGCGGCUGGGCAAACUCCCGCGGCCAGCGAAGCGCGGAGAUUUUUUUAACAGCUGGAGUGACUCGCUGUCAGGACGGUUUGCCCGGGGCUGCAGCAGACCUUGCCGCCGUGGGGUCCCUUCGAUGGGAACCUGUAGCCUCUCCGGGAGGUUAAGGCCUGUUGUAGGAAUCGGUGAGCAGCUUUUCCUGGAGGAUGCCGUGCCGGAGACACCGCUGGCCAAGCGGGAAGUCUGACCGGACGGUCACGAAAAGCCCUUCAGGCCUCCUGUUCUGACUUCUCUUUCUCUACGGAAGGGAAAUUUUAUCCAAGCCUUGUGUGUUACUGUGGUCACCGGACCGGGGGAUGUGGUACCUUGUUAGGGUGAGUGAAUUUAGCUUGAGGUCUUUAUUUUAAUUACUUGGCAAGCAGUUGCUAAGGGAUCUGUAGCUUGGCGAGAAUGCAAUAGCGAUGCCCAGUAGUGCCUGGUGCCCAUUAAAACCUAUGAUAAACCCUGUGUUGGCUUCUGAGGAUUUUACUCCCUCCUUCCCUCCUCCGUAGCUUGGUUUCAGGGGAGGGGAAGCAUAUGUGGUCACACUGCAGGUGCGUCUCGUCGGAGUGACCUUGGGCAUAGUAAGCCUUGAGCUUACUGUCUAAUUUCCAUCAAAUCAGAGCAAAAUCUCAAAACCACAUCUGAUGCUGUGUCAGGGCAGAUGAAAGUCUCGUGUGCUUCCAGCCCCGCCGCUCCUCGCAGGCCCUGGGUUCGCCAGGGCAGCGCAGGAGCUGUGCAGCCCUGCCGCCGACCGUGCCGAAAGGAGAGGGAGCCGAAAGGAGGUCUUCCCGCCGCCCGGGGAAACUUCCUCGCGCUUGCCCCCGCUUAUCUGUGUGCAGAUCCCUGUUGCAGAUGCCCCUGGUUACGCAUGUGCGAGCACACCUCCGUGCACCUCUACUCCUCGGUGAUGCUGGCCAUCAGGGGAAGCCUGCGUUAUUUAUUGACUUGCAGCGUUGGGCGUGAAGAUGGAAGCACAAAGGUUGCUGGACCUUAAAAGUGAGGUGCAAACAAGAACCCUUCUGUAGGAUAUUAGCACGGGGAGCUGUAUUGCCUAUGGACAGCUAAAAAUAUCACUAGAAUUUUUUUUUGUGUGCUAACCUCCCAUGCAUUUAAAAAAAAAAAAAAUACUUCUGCAAUCAUAGGGGCAAAACUUUGAUUCCAGUUGACGUGGGGUCCUUGCUACACAGCUGCCUCCAAUUUCAGGAGUGUUUCUCACAGGUAGUUCAUCUUGAAGGUCUUCCCCAAGGAUGAGCCGUCUGUCAAGUGGUGCCUCUCAUGCAUGUCCGUGCUCCUUUGCUAAAAACAGCUCGUGUCUGUAUGUCUUGACCCGCUUCUUGGUGCUCUCUGAUCUGUAGAGGAUGAGGUACCUGCAAAAUUUCGAUAGCUGUGUGUCAGGCAGGGCAACUCACACCUUUAAUGACUUAUGUUAAAGAAAUGAACCCUUUCCUAAUGUACCUGAGGCUUCAAAAGCAGGCACAUGCUUUUCAUUAUUUAAAGUUUGUUCUGUCUUUUGAUUCUCUAUGACAUAUUAAAGAACAACUCUGAAAAGCUCAAAGAUAUCCUCAUCUCUAGGGCUCUGCAAGUCUUAGGAGGCAGGAUUGCUUUACAGCUUAAUUGAAGAAAGACCUCGGCAUUGAACUGGGGGAUUGCUCCUCCCAAGGGUUUGCUUGCGCUGGGGCUGCGUGGGUAUUAAGAAAAGCAAAUCUGAAACCAAUGUGCCAGUUGAACAGACAGCGUAGGGGGGAAGGUUUCUUGUCUCUCUGCGUUCUCGUUUCUCUCUUUGUCCGUACCUAGCUGCUGACACAGGUGCCUCCUACCGUGAUUUGGAUAAAAACAGGCAGUUUGAUUUGCUGCAAUCUGGACGCUUUGCUACCCACUGCCUUUGUGGAGAUGUGUGUGGCUGCUUGUGCACUGGUGGAAUUUGUCUCUGCUUUCAGGCCCAGGCCAGCUUUGCCCCAUGAAAUGCUUGCAGGGUAGAGGUGUCCAAGCUGGCUUUUUCAAACAAGUGUUGGUCCUGGACCAGUCUGGUUGUGUUAACCCAGGCCUGGCUUGCUUAGCCUUGGCAUGAAGGAGCCGGAGCUUUGUGCUGUGCUGGUGCAUCUGUGUGAGACUCCUGUGCGUCCAACCUGAUGGAGACGCAGUGCUCCUGUGAUCCUGGUGGUGUGACCUGGGAGGCUUAAACCCUUCUCAGGCUGUUCAUGGGAGUUUUCCACCCUCGGGCCAGGAUUUUGCCAUGGUGGAGAUAGAAACUCAGGUGGCAGCAAAGAAUCAAAGCUUUGUGGUGUCCCAUCUCAGCUUCGGUGCCUGGUGGGUGAAUGUAACACUGCCGUUCUUGUCCUCAAGGGCACUGUUAUCAAAAUGUGGAGAACUGGGUGUUUUGUGGGGUUUUCCCCACUAUUUUUUCUAACAUCAGCAGAGCUGUCUUUCAUCUCAUAUGAUCCUCACUCUGAUUGCUAAAGCCAUAGGGCCCACAUUGCAUUUGGCUGCCCUCUUCCAGCCCACAGCUGCUCUCUGCAGCAGGCGCUGCGCUGUGCUUGCAGAGGGGACUUGGAACAGCAAAGCAGCCAGAAUCUCCCUCUCUCAUCUUUUCCGUUUAAACUUGGCUUCCUACGAAGGGAAGACUAGUGUGUGCAUGAGUCUGCGUACAAGGGAGCGUGUGGAGGGCCGGUUCGCAGGCACUGGGUCCCUUGGAUCCUGUGUGCUUGCGCUCGGAGCAACCCUUUGCAUCGCCCGUGUGGUGCCCAGGCUCCGUGCCAGCCCAUGGCACACUGGCCGUGGAGUCAGGGCCACAGCUUUGGGGUGGCUCCGUGUGCAUUUUGGGUGCUUAGUCCGCUCCUCCCUCUCCAUCUUACUGUGGUCCAGUUGUUCCUCUCUCAAAUGGGGCUGGGAAGACCUCAGCAGGAGAUGUACCUCCCCAUCCUGUAAGGGGCUGCCAGAGAAGAGGGGCUUUUCCAUUAGUGCACCCAUUGAGAGAAAGGGCGCUGUGCGAGCCCUCAUGAGACAUCAGAGAAUCCACAUAAAGCACCUUCUCAUGCUGCCCUCUCUUCCCUCCUCCUCCGAGAUAGAAAUAAGCACAAAAUCAGGCUUCCCUGAAACUUUUGCUCAGGAAACUACUUGCUGAAGCAUUAAUGGGGGGGAAGGGGAGGAACAUAAACAGACCCAUAUGUGGAGCAAAACAAUUUGAUCUUAUUUGCAAAUGUGACUCUGAAUCUGCAGUAGGUGGUUAAAAGUAGUAGUGAGCCCUCAUACUUGCAGCACAGUCUCAGCUGGUGUCCCCAGAAGAUGUGCGGGCCCUGGUGAAGCCGGGAGCUGUACUGGAGCUGGCCGGCCAGGGACUGCGCCGGCAGCGAGGAGCAGAUACCUCGUCUCGUGAUGCGGGGCCGGCUCUUCACCCCGCCGGGCCCUGCUGCGGCCGACCGAGUCUCCGGCAUCCAGCUGCCACAUUUCAUUACCUGAUGGACAGACCUGGAUCCGCUUUGGCCUGUUUAAAUGUCACCCGUACCGAAUCCCGGUGGAGGUGGCGGGGCCGGGGCUGGCACGCGGGGCUGGCUCCCUUCCUCCCGUCCCUCCUGCUCCGUCUCUGAAGACCGCUGCAGAGGAGCUCCCGGUGGAGCAGGGCUGCCAGCACGCAGCGUUUCUGCUCCCUCACAGACUGGCUCGGUGAGCUGAUCCCGGGCAGGGGCUGGAAGUCAGGGAGAAGUUCGGAUCUCCUUGCAGAGAGGGCUUUGGUUUGAUUUUGGUUCUGCUUUUCUAGGUGGGUUUGGCAUUGCAGUUUUAUUAUGGAUGGAUAAAAUUGUUUGUUGGUAAAAGCAAAGUCAAAAUCAAGGGUUUUGACUAAGGGAUUUUGCCAGCAGCAGCCAAAUUUCCUCAAAACACGGUGUUGCUGGAUCGGUGUGUUCUGAUUUGAGUGGAAAAGCGUUCCUGAAGACCACUCUGCUUCCAAAGAGAAACUUUGGGCUCUGGCACAUGCAGGUGGCCAGGCACCGUGAUUCCCCUGUUCAUACCAGCUCCACGUCCUUGAGCCCCUCAUCGAGCCUUCCCACAGGGAAUUCGGCAGACGGUCAUCCCAACUACCUCGAGGCGCCUGCAAACACUUCAAGGGCGCUGCCAUCCCCCAUGAACGCCAUCGGGUCUCCUGUGAAUGCGCUGGGCUCGCCGUACAGGGUCAUCGCGUCCUCCCUUGGGUCGCACUCCGUCUCCCUGUCCUCGGCCCCGGGCAUGAAUUUCGUGACGCAUGCCAGUCCGCAGCUCAAUGUCCUGAACAACGUCAGCAGCUCUGAAGACAUCAAGCCCUUGACAGGUCUCCCAGGGAUUGGAAGCAUGAAUUAUCCAUCCGCGAGCCCAGGAUCCUUAGCCAAACACAUCUGUGCCAUCUGUGGGGACAGAUCCUCAGGGAAGCACUAUGGGGUAUACAGCUGCGAGGGCUGCAAAGGCUUCUUCAAGAGGACGAUCCGGAAGGACCUGAUCUACACUUGUCGUGACAACAAGGACUGCCUCAUAGACAAGCGCCAGCGCAACCGCUGCCAGUACUGCCGCUAUCAGAAGUGCCUCGCAAUGGGGAUGAAGAGGGAAGCUGUGCAAGAGGAGAGGCAGCGGAGCCGGGAGCGGAGCGAGAACGAAGCAGAGUCCACAAGCACCGGCAGCGAGGACAUGCCUGUGGAGAGGAUCCUGGAGGCCGAGCUGGCGGUGGAGCCCAAGACGGAGGCGUACAGCGACGUGAGCACAGAGAGCUCGACCAACGACCCCGUCACCAACAUAUGCCACGCCGCGGACAAGCAGCUCUUCACGCUCGUCGAGUGGGCCAAGCGCAUCCCCCACUUCUCCGACCUGACGCUGGAGGACCAAGUCAUUCUCCUCCGGGCAGGCUGGAACGAGCUGCUAAUCGCCUCCUUCUCCCAUCGCUCUGUGUCCGUGCAAGAUGGCAUCCUUCUGGCGACGGGCUUGCACGUGCACCGCAGCAGCGCGCACAGUGCUGGCGUGGGCUCCAUCUUCGACAGGGUUUUGACAGAGCUGGUGUCCAAAAUGAAGGACAUGCAGAUGGACAAGUCGGAGUUGGGGUGCUUGCGAGCCAUCGUCCUGUUUAACCCGGAUGCCAAGGGUUUGUCCAGUCCUUCAGAGGUGGAGUCGCUGCGGGAGAAGGUCUACGCCACGCUGGAAGCCUACACAAAGCAGAAGUACCCCGAGCAACCAGGACGGUUUGCCAAACUGCUCCUGCGCCUGCCAGCGUUGCGAUCCAUCGGGCUGAAGUGCCUGGAGCACCUCUUCUUCUUCAAGCUGAUUGGGGACACCCCCAUCGACACCUUCCUCAUGGAGAUGCUGGAAACGCCCCUGCAGGUCACCUGAGGGUCUGGCCACCCCAGACGGACCCUAGCCCCUCUGUGGCCCUGCACAGCCUCCCACCCCUCCACCCCAGCCCUAGGAGGGCUCGAGAGGCUUCCCCCACGCUCUGCUCCUCCUCGGUGGGAUUGUCGUGUUUUUGUACAGCUGUAAAUCGCCCCCUCUAACUCUCCCUGGCCCAGCCCUGGGUGCUCUGCAGAUUCUCCCACCAGCUAACCAGCCACCUGACCCCCUGUACAGAUAAUUGCUUUAAAUUAUUUUUUCACUCUCAAUAAAGGCCAACAGAACAAAUAAAAUAAUAUAUG